AUGUCUGGCUACUCCAACGUUGGUAACCGUGGCGUCUACGAGGCUGGCGACCAGAGAAACGUGUCUGAGGCCGAGCGCAAGGCCCAGGAGUCCGACCCUUACAACGAGGGCAAGGAGAACUCUCACAGCAACCUUGACUCUAAGGAUGAGCGAUCCAUCGCCAACCGACUAGCUGCUGAGGAGAAGAAGUCCGAUGCUGGUGACGAUCUUGAGACUGCCCAAUCAAAGAAGGACCCUACCCUGCCUGCUCGCGCUCACGGUAACGAGCCCUCCAAGGGCGCCAAGGUUGACGCCGAGUUGCAGGCCGAGGAGGAAGAGGAGUUGAAGCGCAAGGGCAAGGCUUAA